CAGACAAACCAGUACCACCUACCACAUACGACGUCGUUUUUAUUGAAAUAUUUAUACUUCCCCAUUUUCUUUUCUGCCACCAACUCGCCCUUAUAUUUCCUCGGCCGUCACUUUCUUCCUCGACACCGUCUCAGCAUUUUUGUAAGCGAAUAAAUACCAAAGCUUUCGGAAUCUCAGGAUCGACGAUCAUGGCGGCGUCGGCAAACUCUUUCCUCCUCCAUAAUCAAACACAGAUCUCGGCUUUCACACCCAAAUCCACCUCCCAAACCCUUCUUCAUCUCAGCAAACCAUGCACUUUGUCCCUCGCUGGAAAAACCAAGCCUGCCGCCGUUAGAUGCGCUGCCUCAACGACCCAUGUCCAGGAUCCGGCCAGAUCCGGCGCCGUUGGAUCCCAGGAGCGUGUCUUUAACUUCGCGGCGGGGCCCGCCACGUUGCCGGAGAAUGUCCUGUUGAAGGCUCAAUCGGAGCUCUACGAUUGGCGCGGAUGCGGGAUGAGUGUCAUGGAGAUGAGCCACAGAGGGAAGGAGUUCCUCUCGAUCAUCCAGAAGGCGGAAUCGGAUCUCCGUCAGCUCCUGGAGAUUCCGCUCGAAUAUUCCGUCCUGUUCCUUCAAGGUGGCGCAACCACCCAGUUCGCCGCCGUGCCACUCAAUCUCUGCAAGGCCGAAGACACUGUCGAUUAUGUGGUUACAGGGUCGUGGGGAGACAAAGCGUACAAGGAAGCGCAGAAGUACUGCAAGCCCAAGGUGAUCUGGUCGGGCAAAUCCGAGAAGUACACCAAAAUCCCAUCUUUUGGUGAACUGGAGCAGAGCCCAGGUGCCAAGUAUUUGCAUAUUUGCGCCAACGAAACCAUCCAUGGAGUCGAGUUCAAGGAUUAUCCUGUUCCUAAGAACCCUAACGGCAUCUUGGUUGCUGAUAUGUCCUCGAACUUCUGUUCGAAGCCCGUGGACGUGUCCAAAUUCGGCGUGAUUUACGCUGGUGCGCAGAAGAACGUCGGUCCCUCUGGUGUCACCGUUGUUAUCAUCAGGAAGGAUUUGAUCGGAAACGCUCGGGAUAUCACCCCGGUGAUGCUGGAUUACAAGAUCCACGACGAGAACAGCUCGUUGUACAACACGCCUCCGUGUUUCGGAAUUUACAUGUGCGGGCUUGUGUUUGAGGAUCUGUUGGAGCAAGGCGGUCUGAAGGAGGUGGAGAAGAAGAACCAGAAGAAAGCUCAGCUGCUGUACGACGCCAUUGAUGAAAGCAAAGGUUUUUACAGGUGCCCGGUUGAGAAAUCCGUCAGGUCGUUGAUGAAUGUCCCAUUCACAUUGGAGAAGUCAGAGUUGGAGGCUGAAUUCAUCAAGGAAGCUGCCAAGGAGAAGAUGGUGCAGCUCAAGGGACACAGAUCGGUCGGGGGAAUGAGAGCUUCCAUCUACAAUGCAAUGCCAUUGGCUGGUGUGGAAAAGCUUGUCGCUUUCAUGAAGGAUUUCCAGGCAAAGCAUGCUUGAAUGAAUCCAACAGCGCUCCACUCCACUCCAUUUCUGACAUGAAAGGAGAUUUUAUAUUUUUUGGUAUUUGCUUUUGUGGUUUAUGUUGUCUGGUGAUAAAGCACAUGAUGCUUGUGAUCUUUUCUUGUUCUGCAAUUUCAUUGCCUGCGAGAUUUUCUGGUAUUAAGCUUUAGCUUCAAUUAGACAAUUAGGAUUCAAGGGAAUCAUGCACACACUCUUCUGUGUUUGUCUUGUUUCUGUCUUAAUAAAAGAUUGAAGAAGUGUUGUUGUCA